AUGCACAGCAAACUCGUCAUCAUCGGCUCCGGCCCCGCCGGCCACACCGCCGCCAUCUAUGCCUCCCGCGCCGACCUCAAACCAGUCAUGUACGAGGGUUUCCUCGCGCUGGGCAUAGCCGCCGGAGGCCAACUGACCACAACGGACGAAGUGGAGAACUACCCUGGAUACAAGAUGAUCAAGGGGUCGACGCUCAUGGACGAGAUGCGCGCGCAGAGCGAAGCGUGCGGGACUGAGAUUGUGAGCCAGACUGUUGGGAAGAUUGAUCUCAGUCAACGGCCGUUUAGGUACUGGUUACAUCCUAUGGGCGACGAGGAGAACUUGGAGGAGGAGGAGCAUACGGCAGAUUCUGUUAUCAUUGCUACGGGCGCGAAGGCGAGACGGUUGGAUUUACCUGGGGAGGAGAAGUACUGGGGUAAUGGCGUGAGCGCUUGUGCGGUGUGUGAUGGGAGUUUGCCGAUUUUCAGGGAGAAGCCGUUGGUGGUUAUUGGAGGUGGGGAUAGUGCGGUGGAGGAGAGUCUGUAUCUUGCGAAGAAGGCGAGUAAAGUUACGGUCUUGGUAAGGAGGGACGUUCUGCGCGCGAGCAAGAUCAACGCACGGAGAUUGGCCUCAAACCCGAAGGUUGAGAUUCGGUACAACACGCAGGGUGCGGAGAUCAAGGGCGAUGACGGGCCAAGGGGCUUGAUGAGGAGUAUGGUCAUCAAGGACAGCAAGACGGGAGAGAAGGAGGAGAUUGAUGCGAACGGGCUGUUCUAUGCUGUUGGACACGAGCCCGCGACAUAUUUGUUUAAGGACCAGUUGAAGAUGGACGAGGAUGGCUAUCUGAUCACGACUCCCGGCACGACGGAGACGAAUGUUGCCGGUGUGUUUGCAGCGGGAGAUGUGCAGGAUAAGAAGUAUCGGCAGGCUGUGACUUCAGCAGGCUCCGGAUGCAUGGCCGCACUCGAAGCAGAGAAGUGGCUCGCAGAGCAAGACAUAGCUGAAGAUGGACCGGACGCCGACAGCGAGGUCAAGAAGGGCAAGCCUCAGGCGAACGGUGAGGUGCCUGAGUAUCGGUCGAACCCGCUGUUGUAG